AUGUCAGAAGAUAAUCAAAGUCAAGGACCUGCAACUAUUCUCUGUAUUGGUAUGGCGGGAAGUGGUAAGACCACUUUCAUGCAAAGGUUGAAUGCUCAUUUACAUUCCAAGAAAACCCCUCCAUAUGUUAUCAAUUUAGAUCCAGCUGUUUUAAAGAUUCCUUUUGGUGCCAAUAUCGAUAUUAGAGAUUCUAUCAAGUACAAGAAAGUUAUGGAAGAAUAUAACUUAGGACCCAACGGAGCAAUUGUUACUUCAUUAAAUCUUUUCUCCACGAAGAUUGAUCAAGUGAUCAAAUUAGUUGAAAAAAGAUCAUCAUCAGUAAAGAAUGUCAUAGUCGAUACGCCAGGACAAAUCGAAUGUUUCAUUUGGUCAGCUUCUGGAUCAAUCAUCACAGAAGCCUUUGCUUCCACCUUCCCUACGGUUGUAGCUUACAUUGUAGAUACUCCAAGAAACACUUCACCUACCACUUUCAUGUCUAAUAUGUUAUAUGCUUGUUCGAUUUUAUAUAAGACCAAAUUACCUAUGAUUAUAGUAUUCAAUAAAACUGAUGUUCAAGAUGCCGAAUUUGCCAAAGAAUGGAUGAAAGAUUUUGAAAAUUUCCAAAUAGCUUUGAAUAAUGAUCAAGAUUUGAAUAAUGAUGAUGGUUCCAGUUAUAUGUCAUCAUUAGUUAAUUCAAUGUCUUUAAUGUUGGAAGAAUUUUAUUCAACUUUAGAUGUGGUGGGUGUAUCCUCAUACACAGGGGCUGGAUUCGAUGAAUUUUUAGAUGCUGUCGAUAACAAAAUUGAUGAAUAUAAUGAUUAUUAUAAAUCCGAAAGAGAAAGAAUUUUGAAACAAAAAGAACAAGACGAAAAGAAAAGACAAAACAAAUCCUUAAACAAUUUAAUGAAAGAUUUGAAAAUCAAUAAAACUGAUUCCGAAGUUUUAUCAGAUUAUGAAGAGGAAAAUGAAGACGAAGAAUAUCAAGGUGAAUUAGAUAGAGAUGAAGAUGAACCUACAAGAGAAUACACUUUCCCUGAAGAUAGGAAUUCAGAAAUCAAUAGUAUGAAUGAUUCAGAUUUACAAUCUCGUUAUCAAGAAGCAUUUGAAUCAACAGCUAAAACUGCUUCUUCUCAAACAGCAGAAAAUAUAGCUAAUUAUAUUAGACGUUAA